UGUUUUUUCCCAAUCCUUUCAGGAAAGCCCAAGGUGUAUCAAGGUGUAAGAGUAAAGAUUACGGUUAAGGAGUUACUGCAGCAGAGAAGAGCACGACAAGCAGCAACCGAUGCAGAGGUUUCUUGGGGCAGCAGCAGCAUCCAGUUUUCAGACUCUGUGUCUCCUCCUCACCCAGCACCUUUUGAUGCAGAACCCAUCUCUUCUGUUCCUGCCUAUUGUCCAUCGUGGCAGUUUUCCAAUUGCCUCUCCUGCGAAGAAAGCCCUAGCUAUUUGGAGCAGCUGGUAGAUUCCUGUCUACAAACUGAGGCGCCCUUAGAUCCAGCCUUCAGUGCUUUCCAGACAUCCUCGCACUACACCUCAGACGUCUUCCAGCCAGUCCCGCUCUGCUUUAACCAGGGCCUGGCUUCUGGAUCUCCCAGUUCAGCUGAUUUGUCCAGCCCGUUAAACUACAGCUGCUCUCCUCCUCAGCUGUCUCCCUUCACCCCGCUGACCCACAGCCCACCCUCGGCUCUGGACACCAAGACCUAUGGCUACCCUGCCGAGGAGUGGUCCUGCCAUACCCCCUCCCCACACACCACCUCUGCCUGCUGCUGCACGGCCUGCGGCUCCCAGCACGUGGACAACAGGGUCCCGCAGUACUUCCCCUGCCCCAGCGCGGACUGCAUGGACUACCUACCGCCCAUGGCCAUGGCCGAUGACUUCUUCAGAAGGGAUAGGAACUGUGACAUCUGCUAUAGCUAA